CGUGGCGGCUCGUCACUUUUGGCAAUUAAGAAAUACAUUAGUGCCACAUAUAAGUGCGAUGCUCAAAAAUUGGCACCAUUCAUCAAGCGUUAUUUGAAAUCUGACGUUUCCAGUGGAAAAUUUAUCCAAACCAAAGGAAAAGGUGCGUCUGGUUCAUUCAAAUUAUCAGCUUCGGCCUCAAAAUCCAGUGAGGGAAAAGUAAAGCCAAAAGCAGAGAAGGCCAAAAAGAAGACGGCUACUGGUGCAGCAUCAAAUAAAAAGCUAAGUGGUGCCAAAAAGGCGGCUGGUGAGAAAAAGGUGAAGAAAGCCGUCGCUAGCAAGAAAACAGCUGAAAAGAAGAAAAGUGAAAAAGCCAAGGCGAAAGAUGCAAAAAAGACUGGUGCAGUGAAAGCAAAGCCAGCCAAAGCUAAAUCAGCUGCCGCCAAACCAAAGGCAGCAAAAGCAAAAUCGGCCGCUGCCAAGCCAAAGAAAGCUGCCGCUAGUAAAAAACCAGCUGCAAAAAAAGCAACAGCUGCUAAGAAGUAAAUUUGUUUACGGAAUCCAUA